GCCUCACUAGACUUAAUAUUUGUUUUCUUAUAACUCUGCAGACUCAUAUACAGUCCCCGGGAAACUCAAGUCUUCUGCAAAACGCACUACAUUCCACGUUACCAGAAAUCACAUAUAAAAAGCCAUGAAAGCCAAAAGGACCCAAGACUUACUCUUGCUAGUUAUUGGGAGCGUAUGUACCACUUCCCGGGUUCUCGAAAGGUUUAGCCCAAUCCAUGCUGCGUUGAAGGCCACAGAGCUUGGAAAUAUAAUGCAUAGUUAUAUUGGCAUUUCCAAGCUAUCUUGCAGAGACUGUCAGAAGUUCCUCUGGAUCUUGAACAGCGUUUCUGAGACAGACUUCUGCAUACGGGGCUGUCGUGGGAAGUCAUACUUGGGUUGUGAGGAAGUACUAGAAGAAACGGAUGGUGUUUAUGAUCACCCUCUUAGGGUCUGUAUCGAGAAGAGAUCAAAGCAGUAUGGUAGUCCAGACAACACACUGCGUGAGAAGCUCUCCCAUCCACAAUAUAUUGGGCUCACAUAGCACAAUUAAGACUUAGCCCAUCCGCUUCUA